CAAGGCUUAAAAAAAAAAUUAAAAUCUAACAAUUAAGAGCUGGGCAUUCUGGUAGUCUAUUCAAACGACGCCAUCUUGAAAAUGUUCUGUUUAGAUCUAGAUAACGUURAUUGUAAAGACAGUUAAAAUUGAAUAACGGACCGCCCUUCGACCAAUCACAUCGCGCGCUUUUUUAAAAUAACUGAUGAAGUAUCAAAAAGACCUCUUAAUGCCUGUCUUGUUCUGAAAAAAACUUUAACGAGGUAAAGCUGCUUCACAAACAUACCGCUUUUAAAAGUACUUAAAAGUACGCUUUAUAAAAGCUCCAAUCAGCAAUUGAAUUAUUUGUCCGUAAUGUAUAGGCUAUAAAUGGAAACGGGAGUCAUUUGACUUUGUAGUCUUUGAGUCACUGAAAGGUAUUCGUGUUAUAUAGAUAUAAAGGGCAAUUAUAGAGAUAUGUUAGCCUUUCAUAUGACGUAGAGGAAAAUUUUACACGAUUCAAUAUUGUGUAGAUUCUUGGUGAAAGUCUAACAAGGUGCAAGCCGAAAGAACACAGCCCGGUCGAUGCAUGACACUGCAAUCAAGACGUACACGUCGCUACCUGAGAAAAGAUGACAAAAUUAUAACACUCAACGUAAGUGGCAGAAAGUUCUCCACAUGGGAAAGCACAUUGAAAAAACACCCAAAUACACUACUUGGCAGCGAACAUUUGCAACUUUUCUUCGACCAGGAAAAACAAGAAUACUUUCUCGAUCGAGAUCCACACAUGUUUCGGUACAUUUUACGGUAUUACAAAGACGGCAGCCUUCACUUAUCGUUCGACGACUGUUUCGAAGCAUUUCAACAAGAACUGGAUUUUUUUGGAAUUUCAGUCGAGGAAAUAAACGACUGCUGCUAUGAAGAAGAAUGUAUAAAUCAGAACGCGGCGAAUUUGUGUCCGUGUAGMGAGCCGCAACUACGAGAAAAGAACAAUCAAUGUAGCACACCAGUUAUUCGACGUUACAUUAGGAAGAUAUUUGAAUCUACGGAUACUCGGCUUGGAAAAUGCGUUCAAACGUUCAUAACAGCUUUAAUCUAUCUUAGUGUUAUAACGACUAUCGUAGAAACGAUUCAUUGCGAGCUUAAUAAAACAUGCGCUGAGGUGUACCCUAAUCAUUUCUUCGUUGGCGAGGCAGUGUGCAUGUCUGUAUUCACAUUCGAGUAUAUCAUCAGACUCUACGCUGCUGAACACCGCUGUAAAUUCAUCACUGAUAAAAUGAAUGUCCUCGAUCUACUCGCAAUACUACCGUUUUAUAUUCAACUGUCUGUACAAUAUUUUGCCGGAGAUUCUGGUGGUUUAUUUGAAAACGCAAACGCGCUGGUCGUACUAAGGAUUCUUAGGAUGUUUCGAAUAUUGAAGCUGUCUAGACAUUCUAAGAAAAUGAGGAAGAUGGGCCACGCCCUAAAGAGAGCGUUUUUGGACCUUGGAUUCUUAUUCUUCGCCUUCUUAUUGGCUAAUAUCCUGUUUGCAAGUGUUUUGUAUUAUGUUGAAAGGGAGGAGUCUGACCAUCAGUUCAUCAGUAUUCCUGACUCCAUGUGGUACACUAUAGUCACUAUGAUGACUGUUGGCUACGGUGACGUAGUACCCACUACGCCAAGUGGUAAGUUGAUUGGAGGUAUGUGUUGCAUCAUGGGAAUCAUAAUGCUUGCUUUGCCAAUUCCUAUACUUCAAGAAGGCGCUGAACGAGAAGAUCAGAAAAAGAACUCAAGGAACUCGCCAGUUAAACGAAUACCUAGAGUUACAUAAUGUAUAUUUUCUAAAUAACAACAGAGUAGUGUAGUAUAUUCGCUAGGAUUAACCAUACAUGAAUGURCAAAUUUACGCAAAGAUACAUUAUUUUUUAGUUAAAACUGAACGGUGGUUAAACCAUUUCACGUUUAUUGCUUGAAGUGCAUUAAGGAUUACAGCUAUUUCAAACGUUUAAUAAUAAAUACUAUAUAGGGUAUUCCAAGAUCGCAACUUGCAUUAUUGCAAUUAAACUCCAUGUUGGUCUGCGUUACAAAGUUAUAAUUUCUAAACUUAUUAAUGUGCGGAGCUGGUAUAGUCACUUUGAAACAUCGAAAACAUUUUUAACGGCGAUAGAACGUCCAACAAUGCAUUUCGGUCUUCCUCAUUCAACUUUUUCUAAGAUAACUGUAUGCGAAAGACAGGCAUCUUAGAACAAGAUUUAGAAAUGAUCUUUUAGCUUGGAAUCAGGGCACAGUCCUUUGUAUUUAAUGCUGUGAACCAGCGGUUCUUUGAGUUAGCUUAUUGAUCAAGCAAAAAAUAAAAAAAGUUUAAUUGAGUUACUUGUUUAACCUUAAAACGUUUAUCUUAAAUCCUCUUUUUGCAAAACUAUUUCUUUAGAAACACUGAUGCUGCUAGUUUUCACUGUUUUGACUAUUAUUCCGAAAGCACUGAAAUCUGCCAAGGAAGACAUUUUGAAAAUUUGCACCUAUCAGAUAGCAGAAAAGCCAUCCUUUACAAGCAGUAUGCAAAUGACACUUUCUAUCUAGAACUUGGUUGUAUUUUCUUGUUACAUACCAUGGACAUCCCAUUCCUUCCAUCGCAUUUUUCAGUACUGAUGCACUUGUUUAUUGGUUGGUGCGUUUACUAGGAAGUAUGAGCAACAUCUAUGGGAUAUUAUUGUUUAUUGUUUGAUGUGCUUACUUGGAAGUACGAGAAACAUAUGGGAUAUUGCACAGUACAUUAUAUAUCACUAGAAACCAUGGUAUAAUUGAAAUAUCUCGUCAUUUCCUGAGGAAUAUAAUCAUACCAAACAAAAGAAGCAAACAUCAUAUCAUAUCAUUAAUUUAGCAGCCAUAUAUGGUAAUCUUACCAUAUUUGGAAGCAAAUGUUUUUGGCCUUUUUUGAUUUAAAGCUUUCAAUUGCCUGAAAGUUGCAAACAUUAUAGCAAAAAAGGCUUUUCAAACAAACAACAGCUGACAAAUUUACAUGUUAAUUAAGCUAAGGAUGUGGCUGAAUUGCAAAGUAGACAAAACAAUAUAUUGGUUUCCCUGCAGAAGAUAGUGUAAGUGUAUAAUAAUAUCAUAAAAAUGUCUCAGAUUUGUUGACAAUACAUGAAAUUUAUAGUUUCAUGAAAUAAUAUUUCUGAAAUAAACUCUUGAAAUGAAAAUCCA